AUGGCGUUGCAAUACGAGACCCAUAACUUCAUAGACAAUGAGUUCCGUGCGUCAAGCACCCAGGAAUGGAUCGAUAUCCAUGACCCCGCGACGCAAGCUGUCGUCACUCGUGCACCUCAGAGCACGGAUGAAGAACUACAGGCUGCCUUGGAAAGCUGCAAAGCGGCCUUCCCGGCCUGGAAGACAACCAGCCUGCUACGCAAACAGCGUAUCAUGUUCCAAUUUGUGGAAUUGAUCCGGAAGCAUACGAAGGAACUUGCUCACAACAUCACGUUGGAACAAGGAAAAACUCUCGCUGAUGCCGAAGGUGACGUGUACCGGGGUUUGCAGGUGGCCGAGACUGCUUGUGGCAUCACGACGCAGUUGAUUGGCGAUGUACUGGAGGUGGCAAAAGACAUGGAGACCAGGACUUACAAGGAACCCUUGGGUGUGGUUGCUGCGAUCUGUCCUUUCAACUUCCCAGCCAUGGUUCCUCUUUGGUGCAUUCCUCUCGCAAUCAUCACUGGAAACACUCUCCUUCUGAAGCCGUCUGAACGCGACCCCGGGGCUGCCAUGAUCCUGGCAAGACUGCUGAAGGAAUCCGGCCUUCCCGAUGGCGUUGUUAACGUCGUGCAUGGCGGAGCCCCUACUGUCAACUUUAUCCUUGACAAUCCCUAUAUCAAAGCCAUUAGCUUUGUGGGCAGUAAUAAGGUGGGAGAGUAUGUAUAUCAGAGGGGAAUAGCGAACGGGAAGCGAGUCCAGGCCAACUUGGGCGCUAAGAACCACGCUAUCCUACUCCCUGACGCUGAUAAGAAGGCUGCGUUGAACUCGAUCGCAGGAGCUGCCUUCGGUGCUGCAGGGCAAAGGUGUAUGGCUUUGAGCACCCUGGUUGUGGUGGGCGGAGCCCGAGACUGGCUACCUGAGCUUGGAGAGAUCGCCAAGAACCUCCAGGUCAACGGAGGACUCGAACCCGGAGCUGACCUAGGUCCUAUGAUUACCCCCCGGGCUCUUGAGAGGGCCAGCACUAUCAUCGAAAGUGCUGAGAAGCAGGGAGCAAAUAUCUUGGUAGAUGGUCGCAGAUACAAGCCCGCUAAAUACCCCAAUGGAAACUUCGUAAGCGAUCCAAGAAGACAGCAAACUUUCAAGCGUAGCCUUGCUAACCAAUCUCAGCUUGCGCCGACCAUCAUCACAAAUGUGCAGACAUCCAUGACAUGCUACCAGGAGGAGAUCUUUGGGCCUGUGUUGGUGGUACUACAAGCUGACUCUCUAGAAGCUGCCGUCGAGCUAGUCAAUAAGAACGAGUAUGGCAACGGUGCUGUGGUGUUCACCAGCAACGGUACAUCGUCGCAGUAUUUCCAGAAGAACAUCGAGGCCGGCCAAGUGGGAAUAAACGUUCCUCUCCCAGUGCCAUUGCCCAUGUUCAGCUUCACUGGCAACAAGAGAAGCGUUGCGGGUGGUGGAGGGAAUUACUUUUAUGGCAAUGCGGGCUUGCAGUUCUACACGCAGACCAAAACAGUGACAUCGCUUUGGAGAUCGCCUACGAACUCAACACAGGGCCCCCGCAUGUCUAUGCCCACACAGAAAUAG